AUGGGGGGCGCUGAGGAUAUCGACAGGCGGAUUUCGCUGGCAUCCCAGGCAAACGGUAGUAUGUUCAGCCUCUGGCUGCGGCGCAAGCAUGUGUCAGAAAGGUCCAGGCUCAAGCUGUACAGCUCGCUUGUGCUGCCUGUCCUCCUUUACAACUGUGAGACUUGGGGAGUAACCCAGGCAGUCUUUCAGCGACUGGACUGUUUUCACCGCCGACAGCUCAGAAACCUGGUGGGAGUGCGAUAUCCAGACAGAAUUACGAAUGAUGAUCUGUAUUCCAGAUGUGACUCGCAGUCACUGUCGGAGCUUGUUGCCAAGCGACGCCGUAGCCUCACUGGCCAUGUGCUGAGGAUGAGUGAGCAGUCACCCCCUUGCCUUGCGAUGUCCUGCUAUUUUCAAGCCAGGUCACGUGGACGAAGGGGCCGUCCCGCGGCUACUCUCCCUACCACCAUCAUGAAGGACCUGGCAGGGCACGACAUUCCUUUGAAGAAUGCCAGCGACCUAGAAGGAGCACGAGCAUUUGCUGCAGACAAGUCGAAAUGGAGAUCAGACAUUGUUUAUGGAUGA